AACAACCUGGUUCAAAUACAGUAUGUGAGUCGGCUCUCAAAGUUCACAUAAAAGAUCCGAAUCAAAGAGCCGACUCUAUCAAGAACGACACAUCACUACAGUUUUUGUAGUGAUAGUUUUUUUUUGUGAUGGUGAUAGUGUCUGGAGUUGUUUGAAUCUUCAGGAACAUGGAUAUCUUACACAAAAGCACCAGAAUAGUGUUAUUACACUUUACUCGGUGUAGGUCGUGUAUCCUCUGAGGAGAAAAUGUUGUAAUCCCCCUUUAAAACACAUGCAGGAAGGAAAAACCCUGCAGCUCCAUUAGAUCCGCUUUAGAAGUCGGGCUGGAAGUGUGUGACACACCCGUGUGUGCUGUGUGAUCGCCGUGCUGUGGAUAUGUACAGCCUGUAACCUUCCCAGAAUAACAACUUAAUCCUUCUGAUAGAUGCUUUAUUUCCGCCAUCGUUCCUUUUGCUCUGCUGCUCAGACAGGUGCUCAGGUUACAGGUCAAGCUGGAAAUGAUGCACGCAGGCCGAGAACAAGAGAGUACCACGGAUCAGCCCUCAGAAGACGACAUGGCGGAGGGAGAUCUCGGGGACGGCACCCGGUCCGUAGGAGGGACCCGUCGGUCACGGAACAGGAGCAAAGGGGACUAUUUGGAUCUGCUGCCGCAGGCGAAACCCUCCAAAUGGGGCAGUGAGGAUGGGGGUGGAUCUUUCUCCUGGACAUCAUGCAGUGCAAUGUACACCGCUUUUAGAAAGGAGCUGGAGGCAGAGAGGAUCUCUCAGUGGAGGAUCAGAGACUCAGAGAGCAGCGCCGGUGAGUCCAGUGAGGCAUUGCAGAGGAGACUGCAGGAAGUAACAGAGGAAGUGGCGCUGCUGAGGACAGAACUGGAAGUGACGCAUCGACAUCUUGAAGGCAAACAUGAAGCUCUGAGAAUCCUGCAAGGCCAAGCCAUAUUAGAUAAAGCCACCAGUCACACCAAGAUCUUGCUGCAGAAGAGUGAAGAGCGGACCAAAGCUCUGGAAAAGGAAGUGAACGCUUUGCAGUGGGAGAUCACCUUUAACCAGGUGCAGUUUAAGAACAUAGAGCACGCGUGGGAGCUGAAAUACGACAGAGUGUGUGCAGAGAACCAGGCCUUGAGCAAAGCUCUUGAUGAGAGACUGGAACAGUUCCAGGAGCUGCGCAGAGAGAACACGUCAUUGAGUCAGCAGUGUCUGGAGCUCCUGGGCUUACUGAGCGCUCGGGAGAGAAGAGACUUCCAGAAGACCCAGCCACCAUGCAGUCAAAGCAGAGAGGGAUCUGCACUGGAGCUGGCUGUGUAUGGGGCAUGUAAGUGCAGCUCCAACGCAGGAGAGCCGUGUUCCUGUGCGAAGAGCGCAGCUGCAAGCCGCAAACAAGUCCUUCAGCUUAAACAAGAGCUGGAGCUGCAGAGGAGGAGGAAGGACGAAGCGUACGUGAUGGUGGAUGCGUUCCGGAUCGCAUUCGAGCAGCAGCUGAGGAGAGGGAGCGAGAAAGUGCUGCAGCUGGCAGAAAGCGACACACACACAGCAGACAGAGGGAAGCAGGGCUCUGCUGGUGUGACUCAGACGCUGAAGAGAUUUCUGCCGUCUCUCAGAGAAGGAAAAGUCCCGAGCAACCCGAAAGAAACCCUGCAGCUGCUGCUCGAUCUGUUGAGCGAUAAAGAGGAGGCCUUGGCCCAUCAGAGGAAGGUCAGCUACAUGUUAGCACGGAGCUAUGAGGACCUGGAGAAACGUCUUCAGGCACAGCUCAAGGAGCUGGACAUCUCACACAAUGGGGCUGAAUUUAAACAGGAAGCGGACAGAUCCAAAUGCAUAGUGGACUCUAAAGCUGAUCAUCCGUCACGUUCACGUGAAAAUACACCGGUGGUCAUGGACGACCAUGAAGAGAAGACGAGAAUGGUGGGUUCACAAAAUGAGGGCGAGGGGUAAACAGGAGGAGUAACGAGAUCUUGAGACCUUAAGAAAAGAGUGUAAUGAACAUUCUGAAUGUUGAAAUGUUAUAAGACAAUCACAGGACUGAUAUUUGAGUUAUUAUGUAAUAAAUGCCUACUACUGUUUACAAGGCGUUGUAGAUGAUUUAGAUAUGGUUUGUUUUGCACAUUUGUUCAUCUUUAUUUCAAAUCUGCUUAAGUUGAAAUGAUUUUUUUGUGUCAAAUAAGCCUGCUGACAGGGGGUGGAAAAGUACUGAGAAAUUAUACUUGAAAGUAAAUCUUACUAAACUAAAAGUAUCCAACCAAAAAUAUACUUUUAAAUGUAAUCAUGUAUUAACAAGUAAUAUGGAAAUGUUUUUAACAGAUGAUUGGAUGGUUUUAAACUAAAAUGUAAAUCAAAUACAAAUAAAAUGUAUCUGUUCUGAUGUAUAGUGUAUAGUCAAUUACUAGAUGAGAAGUGAAGAGAUCUUUGAGAUUUUAUAUGAGAACUUUGUAGGUCUAAAUAAUGUAAAGAGUAAAUAUAUGUUUGUCCCCCUUGGAAUAUAGAUAGGUAAGAGUAUUCAAUUUAAUUAAAAAAUACUCAGGGAAAUUAUAAAUAACCCAAAACUAAUGCUUAAUUAUAUUAGCAAUGUACAAUUACUCAAGUAUAAUUCCACUCCUGUCUGCUGAACCAUGAAGCACAGAAUUGAAAUCUGCCUUUUUAAUCAUUUUAUGUACUUUGAUACACAA